UCAAAUUCGUUCCGCUGUCUCCUCUCCUCGCUUGUUCCGUAGAACUUGAAAUUUCCUCGGCGAGUAAGAAAAUGAUUGCGGCAUCUUAUAAUAAAAGGUGUUAUACGUCGUGAUAUAAACAGUUGAUGCUGCUGUGAUCGAAUCGAAUAAUUAUUAUAAACAAAAUGGAAGGUGAUGCAGCGGAGUCCGCAAAUGCAAAAUCUUAUUCGGGGAUUCCUGAAGCUGUAUUUGUAGAUAAUGUUGAUGAAUUUAUGAGUUUACCAGAAAACUCUGAAGGUGUAGAUAAAGUAUUACGAAAACUCGACGAACAGCAUGGCAAGUACAAGUUUAUGGAAUACACCCUAGCAACCAAAAGGAGGCGCUUGAGGCAACAAAUUCCUGACUUGGCUAGAUCACUUGAAAUGAUAGAGAAAUUGAAAGCACAGAAGGAAGACAUGGAUACUCAAUUUUUAUUAAGUGACCAAGUUUUUGUUAAGGCUAAUGUACCACCAACUGAAAAGGUAUAUCUAUGGCUUGGAGCCAAUGUGAUGCUGGAGUACUCUUUGGAAGAUGCAGAGAAGUUACUCUCUUCCAAUAUGGCGACUGCUAAGAAAAACUUGGCCUGUGUAGAACAUGAUUUGGACUUCUUACGUGAUCAAUGGACAACCACUGAAGUGAAUAUGGCAAGAGUGUACAACUGGGAUGUGAAAAAACGUCAAGCUGCUAAAGCUAACUCAUAAACUAUGCUAACCAUCACUAUAGCUUUAAAAAAAAAAGGUAGAUUUAGUCAUAAUAUUUUAUAUGAACUAAUGGAACAAAGUAUCUUUGGCAAGUGAUUAUAUGAUUAUUUAAUAUUAAACAGGUGUUUAAUGUCACAAGUUGCCAGAAAUUGCAUUUUAAGGGUAUUCUGCACUAAGUGCAUUUACAGAUUCAAACUUGUUACAUAAUAGGAGUUGAUUUAGCAGAAUAUGUAAUUCUUCAGUUUAAAACACUAAAGAAAUAAAAUCGAAUGCAUUUUAAUGUUCCAGUACAGUAACUAUCCAGUUAUUAAAUAGUGUUACUUUUGUUGUUUUCUAAACUAACAUAUUUUGUUUUUUCACAAUGAACUGAUACCCUGGUGCUUUUAUUAACUUACUGAAUUUAGUUGUACUAUUCAUUGCUAAAUGUUUGUACUACGUACAUGAUGUCUUAGGCAUGUCCAUUUUUUGAUUUGAGAACCCAUAUUCUCAAGUUGGCCAGUUAAGAUUACUAAAUGUUACGGAUUUGCACAUGCAUUAUUUUAUUUACAAUUGAAUUGUUGUGUUCUUCUGUUGUUAACAGGAUUUCGUAAUAAAUGCUUGCUUUUAA